UGCGGUCAGCAGCAGCGGGUGGCCGUUGCGCACCGGCGGAACCAUGCUCGGUGUGGUGCACUUUCUUCGCAGCUUCUUCAAGACUACAGAGUCAGAUGCACCCGCUCCCGGUGAAGGUGAGAGCGAAGAUAGCCAACUCCACCCAUCCCCUGCAGACCCAGAAGAGCAGGAAUGGUGCCAGGAAAUAGACCCUGAGGAUUUUGAGACACUGUCCCAUAAGAGUGAAAGUCGCUCAGACACAAAAACAGACCCCUUUGAGAGCGCUUCUGAUGCAGAGUCCCUGCCUGGGGACCCCACGGGUGGAGUCUGCCUCUCCCCAGGUGGCCUGUCUGCAGAUACAGAGGCAGAUUGGGGAUGCCCUGAUGACUCAGCAGAUAGAUCUCCUCAAGGGCAGCAUUUGGCUUGUGUUGACGGGCUCCGUACAGAGCAAGAGCUGGAUUUACUCUCAGGCUUGAAGGAAUAUUAUCAUCAGAGUAAACUGCACACGUCAACGGCUACCGCCGCUGGAAAACAGGAUGAGGGAAUCCUCUGGGACUGUAGGACCAGAUUGGUGUGGAAGUCUGUGCCAACAGCUGGGUCCUCCUCACAGAGUGCCACCACCACCAGCAGCAGUCCCCAGCUGCAAAAGGCCAGGUCUAGGGGCUAUUUGGAUGUCCCCUUGGUCUGGCCCUGCUUUCUUCAACACUGUGAACUAGGUCAGAGCUGGCCACACAUCCACAACAGAGCUGGGGCAGCAGAGCUACCUCACAAAGGCCUGCAGGACAAUGAGUUCCCUCUGUGGGUCAGGACAAGGAAGGGGUCUGCCUCCAGGCCCGCAGUGGGCACAGACUUACUCUGGUUUCGUUCCUGUUUAGACGUAGCCCGCCUACCACGUUGGUGUCUCAUAGACACCAAGUGUCAUCAUAGUGUCCCAGAAAAUCUUGGUGCCAAUGGCAAGACACCCCAAAGAUGCCAGCACGAAAAGGCUCUGGUUAGGGCGCAUUCUAUACCAGGGUUUCCUUUGUGUUGCCUCAAGGAGCCUUUGGAGCAGAAAUGUGUGACAUCUGGGCCCUACCUGAGGGACGGGAGAGAAAUAGUCCCUAACACUCCUUCUCCUGGGCCCACCCGGCUGUCUUAUUUACUUUCCACUUCUCCAAGCAGGGCCCCUCCUUUGCAGGAUGAGUACCAGCUGAGUGGCUGCAGCCUUAAAAGGACAUCUCAAGACACACCCUGUGUAGGUCUCCCACUGGAAAACCAGGUAGAACAGGCUUCUAGGUCAUGCCCAGACCCUUCCCACCUUACUUCAGAAUUGCUGAAGCUUGGCAGCCAAGAGGAAGUGCCUGAACCCGCUGAAUGCAAGCCAGAGCAUAGCCCAGAGCACAGACUUGAGGAGCCCGAUGGUGUCCACCCUGAUGAUGCUACCGGUAAACAAAGGUGCCUGCAAAAGAUCCCUGCCAGGACAGGAAACCAGACCAAGACCUACUCAUCAAAGUGCAUUCUCAAUGAGGAGAGAAAGCCGCCUGAUAGGGCCUCCCCCUUCCCACAUCGCGGUAGCCACAGUGAGAUGCCCGUGGGUUCCCCGGAAGUGAAUGGUCACGCCUAUGCCCCAAAGAGCACCCUGAGAUCAAGUAUAACUGCUCCUUCAGAAGCAGCAUGCGAGGCAGCAGUUCUAGACUCCCAAGGCAGGGGGAAUGCCUUGCAGAGUCUUUUGGAUUUCCCAACAGCCGAAAUGUCUUGCUGCAGGCCCGGGAAUGAGUGUGCACAGGGAACUGGGGACUCCAGGGAGCCUUUCACUUCAGGCCAGCAGCAGGCAUCCAAGGUGCACGGGGCCUCCGAGCACAGCUGCAAACUCAUUAUGAUAGCAGUAAAGCAGGAACACAAACAGACCUCUACAAGGAAGGCCUGCUGUCAUCUAGACUCACAGUCCGGUGAUUUCUCAGGGGAAAGACCCAAAUCUCCACGAGGCACAGGAACCACAGCUUACGAGUCUCCCAGGACCAUAGAAAUGUCAAUGUGUGGCAGUGAAUGUGAAUUGCCAGGAUGCCCCGCAGAGGGGUCGGGUGAUGGGGCUCCGCAGCUGCUGGCCCAAGACAUAGAGCUUGUGAGAUCUCUGGUCCCUAGGGCUGCUUCAGAUGACACACUGUGCUCAGAAGAGACGCUGGAGGAGAAGUUUAGGGAAACCUCGAGCCUGGGGUCUGAGUGUGUACACUCAGACUUGGACACCCACCCCGAGGGGAACCAGAAAUCUACCAGCCCAGAACUCAAACGGGGAGAGUGUGCCACAGCGGGUGCAGAGGUUAUAGAAGUUUCCCGAGUGUGGGCUGGCAAGGUAGGGGUCCCGCAUUCAGGAGUCCUGGCAUCGGCCCACGACACAACCUUGCAGUUCCAGGGACCUUGGGGUCGGCUUCAGCCCGAUGCACUGGAGUCAGAGCAGCGUCCUGCCGAUCUCCAGAUGACCCCUUUAAAAACUGGCAUGUCCUGGUCUGAGGAGAGCCCCGGAGGGGACAUACCAAGCAGCCAGGCCUUGACCUCAGGGGGUCUGAACCUGGCUUGCCCCAGCCCCGAGGAAGGUGUGUCCCAGAGUCCGUGGUUUGCAGCCUGCCACCAGAGCGUGUCUCCGGACACCCACUCUGUUGGUUCACACCAAGAUAUUCAAGUGGGGACAUCAGGGGACCUUGGUGGUGAAGGACCUUCCCCAGAAAGCUGUAACGUCAAGAGACUAAAAACAACAGAGAGCAAGAUCAGGGCAAGGUUGGCUUUAGCCCAUAAGACCUUUACCCAUUUCUUUGAGGCCAAAGUUACAGAGAAAACGAAUGCGGGCUCAGUCAAAGGCGAGACAGAAAAGCGCAGGCGCGGCCAGAGCUCCUGGCGCACAUUUCUGAGAAGCAAAGAUGUGGACAGCUCCAAAAGGCCCUCUUUAGUGAGUGGCGUUCCGGGACCAGACUUGCCCGAACUCCUCCGCCCUUCCCCACCAGCAACCAGAGGCCACCGUGAAGAGUGGACAGUUAGCACAGACAGCCAUGUGUGCGCGGGGUCCUGGACACCCCUACAGUCUCCUGCAACUCCGCCCUCCGGCUGUCGGACUUCUCCAGAACACAGGAGGAAAAGUGAACCGACCAUAAAACGCACUGCUACCCAGGAAAGCAGUAGGUACCUUUCUUCUGGGAUCUUCCCAGAGCCAUCCUGGCUGACUUCGCCCACCAGCCCUGGAGCCCAGGGCUGUACACUCCCCUGCAGCUCUGCCUGCCACUUGGCCUAUGAAAACCAAAGCAUGCCCAGCAGACCCACAAGCCCCAAGCCCACGAAUCCCAUGCCUGGGGCUCAGAGGGUGGAUCUCUGCCUUGGGGGCAGGGCUAGUGCAGUCUCCAUGGUCUCUCUUAGAAGCUGUAGGGACGCCAACAGAUGUUCCGACGUCUCUGAAAUGCCCAAGAGCAGGGCAAGCCUCUUACUCUCCCUACAAACACUAAACCAGAACAACCAGAAGGAAGAUCACACCAGCAGGUGUCAGUGUCACCACGGCCUGGGCACAGCAUCCUUCCUUAGGGACCUUCCUGGGAGUGAGAGCUACACUGUCCGGGGAAAACAGCCAGACAAGAAGUCCAGUUGUUCCUGUGAUCAGAAAACGUACACAGAGCCUACUCAGCAGCUGGUGUCUGCCACUGAAGUAGUGCCCUCCACCUCCACAGAGCAAGUCCCCAGAGAGGCCCCGUCACAGCUCAGGAGGGCCCCGCGGCACUCCCAGUUCAGCUUGGAUGACCUAUGGAUAGAAAAGACUCUGAGGAGGAAGCUGGAGAAACAGAUGCAGCUUAGAAGAAAGAUGUGCACAGGGACAGAGCACCAGGACCAAGUUCAGUGCUGGAGAAAGACAAUCACCACCUCUCCAGAGUCUCUGCACCUCCCUAGAAGAAGCCACCUGCUCUCCCAGAGUGCCCCAAUGGGACUGGACUGCGCAGGCUGGCCAGAGCCCAUGCCUGACACUGGGAUGCCCGAUGGGACCCUGGACACCGUGUGCCCAGACGAGACAGGCAGUGAGGAGGACCUGUACGAAGAGCUUCACAACUCGGGCCACCACUACAGCCACCCUAGAGGAGGCGGCGAGCAACUGGCCAUCAAUGAGCUCAUCAGUGAUGGCAGCGUGGUCUGUGCUGAAGCCCUGUGGGACCAUGUCACCAUGGAUGACCAGGAGCUGGGCUUCAAAGCUGGGGAUGUCAUCGAAGUGAUGGACGCUACCAACAGAGAAUGGUGGUGGGGGCGCGUGGCCGAUGGCGAGGGGUGGUUCCCUGCCAGCUUUGUACGGCUGCGGGUGAACCAGGAUGAGCCCGCGGACGACUAUGAGGCCCCGCGGGCCGGGGUUGGAGAGGUCAGUGACAACGUUCCAGAGGCCCAGAGCUGCAAGGACCAGAUGCGCACCAACGUCAUCAAUGAGAUCCUCAGCACUGAGAGGGACUACAUCAAGCACCUUCGGGACAUCUGUGAGGGCUAUGUCCGCCAGUGCCGAAAGCGUGAGGAUAUGUUCAGCGAAGAGCAGCUGCGUACCAUCUUCGGGAACAUUGAAGACAUCUACCGCUGCCAGAAGGCAUUUGUGAAGGCUUUGGAGCAGAAGUUCAACACAGAACGGCCACACCUGAGCGAGCUGGGUGCCUGCUUUCUGGAACACCAAGCAGACUUCCAGAUCUAUUCUGAGUACUGCAACAACCACCCCAACGCCUGUGUGGAGCUCUCCCGGCUCACCAAGCUCAGCAAGUAUGUGUACUUCUUCGAGGCCUGCCGGCUGUUACAGAGAAUGAUUGACAUUUCCCUGGACGGCUUUCUGCUCACCCCAGUGCAGAAGAUUUGCAAGUAUCCCCUCCAGCUGGCAGAGCUGCUCAAGUACACACACCCGCAGCACAGGGACUUUAAGAACGUUGAAGCUGCCUUGCAUGCCAUGAAGAAUGUGGCCCAGCUCAUCAAUGAACGGAAACGGAGACUUGAAAACAUUGACAAGAUUGCCCAGUGGCAGAGCUCCAUAGAGGACUGGGAGGGGGAAGAUCUCCUGGCCAGGAGCUCGGAACUCAUCUACUCGGGGGAGCUGACCCGUGUUACACAGCCUCAAGCCAAGAGUCAGCAGAGAAUGUUUUUUCUCUUUGACCGUCAGCUCAUCUACUGUAAAAAGGACCUGCUCCGUCGGGACGUGCUGUACUACAAAGGUCGGCUGGACAUGGAUGAUCUGGAGGUGGUGGAUGUGGAAGAUGGCAAGGACCGCGACCUCCAUGUGAGCGUCAAGAAUGCCUUCCGUCUGUACUGCGGUGCCACCGGGGACAGCCACUUACUGUGUGCCAGGAAACCAGAACAGAAGCAGCGCUGGCUGAAGGCCUUUGCCAGGGAAAGGGAGCAGGUGCGGCUGGACCAGGAGACAGGCUUCUCCAUCACUGAGCUGCAGAGGAAGCAGGCCAUGCUGAAUGCCAGCAAGCAGCAGGCCACAGGGAAGCCUAAAGCUGUCGGCAGGCCAGGAUACCUGACCCGCCACAAGCAUCCAUCCUUGCCUGCCAGCCGGCCUCAGCAGCAGGUGUUGGUGCUAGCAGAGCCCAGGCGGAAGCCAUCUAACUUCUGGCACAGCAUCAGCCGACUGGCACCCUUCCGAAAGUGAGCCAGCACCUAUCGGACAACCUGACAGCACUUUGUGGACCCAGCUUUCCCUCAAGGCCAACUCCACCAGGCCCUCUGCCUGUCUUACAAACUGGAAGUGAACAGGUACAGCGUCGGCGCUGUAUGAAGUCUGGGCCCCGGCCCUGGCCUCUUCCCCACUGCAAGUGCAGUGUUGCACGGGUACC